AUGGGGGAGCGAGAGGACAACCAGGAGACAUGUGACCUGGAAGCCUGUGACAAGAUAUUCCUCAAAGAGGCAUGGCCCCCUGCCUUGCUGCCUCAGAAGACCACCGGAUUUAAACAAUCACUUCUGCGCAAAGCUGGCACCCCCCCCGGGGCACCCCAUCCCCCGGGGCUCCCCACCUCCCGGGGCUCCCCACCCCCCGGGACUCCCCACCUCCCGGGACACCCCACCUCCCGGGACACCCCACCUCCCGGGACACCCCACCCCCCGGGACACCCCACCUCCCGGGACACCCCACCUCCCAGGGCACCCCCCCCCGGGGCUCUCAGUUUAGUGAUCCACAGUGUGAACCCUGUCCAGCAGAUCCACAGUGUGAACCCUGUCCAGCAGAUCCACAGUGUGAACCCUGUCCAGCAGAUCCACAGUGUGAACCCUGUCCAGCAGAUCCACAGUGUGAGCCCUGUCCAACAGACCCACAGUGUGAACCCUGUCCAACAGACCCAUAGUGUGAACCCUGUCCAACAGACCCACAGUGUGAACCCUGUCCAGCAGAUCCACAGUGUGAACCCUGUCCAGCAGAUCCACAGUGUGAACCCUGUCCAGCAGAUCCACAGUGUGAACCCUGUCCAGCAGAUCCACAGUGUGAGCCCUGUCCAGCAGAUCCACAGUAUCCACAGUGUGAACCCUGUUCAGCAGAUCCACAGUGUGAACCCUGUUCAGCAGAUCCACAGUGUGAACCCUGUUCAGCAGAUCCACAGUGUGAACCCUGUCCAACAGACCCAUAGUGUGAACCCUGUCCAACAGAUCCACAGUGUGAACCCUGUCCAACAGACCCAUAGUGUGAACCCUGUCCAACAGACCCACAGUGUGAACCCUGUCCAACAGACCCACAGGAUUGGAUUAGAGGUAUAUACCACCAUGCCCUACUGUGUGUAUACCGCCAGGCCCUACUGUGUGUAUACCGCCAGGCCCUAUUGUGUGUACACCGCCAUGCCCUACUGUGUGUACACCGCCAUGCCCUACUGUGUGUAUACCGCCAGGCCCUACUGUGUGUACACCGCCAUGCCCUACUGUGUGUAUACCGCCAUGCCCUACUGUGUGUAUACCGCCAUGCCCUACUGUGUGUAUACCGCCAGGCCCUACUGUGUGUACACCACCAUGCCCUACUGUGUAUAUACCGCCAUGCCCUACUGUGUGUAUACCGCCAUGCCCUACUGUGUGUACACCGCCAGGCCCUACUGUGUGUACACCGCCAGGCCCUACUGUGUGUAUACCGCCAGGCCCUACUGUGUAUACACCGCUAUGCCCUACUGUGUGUAUACCGCCAUGCCCUACUGUGUGUAUACCGCCAGGCCCUACUGUGUGUACACCACCAUGCCCUACUGUGUAUAUACCGCCAUGCCCUACUGUGUGUAUACCGCCAUGCCCUACUGUGUGUACACCGCCAGGCCCUACUGUGUGUACACCGCCAUGCCCUACUGUGUGUAUACCGCCAUGCCCUACUGUGUGUAUACCGCCAGGCCCUACUGUGUGUAUACCGCCAUGCCCUACUGUGUGUACACCGCCAGGCCCUACUGUGUGUAUACCGCCAGGCCCUACUGUGUGUACACCGCCAUGCCCUACUGUGUGUAUACCGCCAGGCCCUACUGUGUGUACACCACCAUGCCCUACUGUGUAUAUACCGCCAUGCCCUACUGUGUGUACACCGCCAGGCCCUACUGUGUGUAUACCGCCAGGCCCUACUGUGUGUAUACCGCCAUGCCCUACUGUGUGUACACCGCCAUGCCCUACUGUGUGUACACCGCCAUGCCCUACUGUGUAUAUACCACCAUGCCCUACUACUUCGGCCUCCGUGACGUGGACGAGGAACGUGUUCCCAUCGACUUGGGGAACCACGCCUGA